AUGAAUACCUUACCGAAAAUAAAAUGGAAAUCGAAACACAAGUCAGAGUAUCAAUUAAGAUUAAAUAAUGCACUGAUAUGCCAAAGAACUUACGAUUUACCUCAGAUAGAAGAGAUAAUCAAAGCAUCUUACUACACAGUUAACACCAACACUCAGCGAAACUCUUCGGCACCAUGGUAUGAUGCCGACUGUAAAAAAUACAGAAAAUUAUCGUUUGGCUGGUUAAGAGCGUAUAGGACCUCAAAUGAGGACUAUUUCAGACACCAGUAUUUGAUGGCUAAUAAGGCGUACAAAGAAAUAUGUAAUAAAAAAAAGGCUGUUUUCUACGAAGCUGAAUCAAGACGAUUAGCGCUAUGCAAAAACUCAAAAGAUUUUUGGAACUUGGCAAGACAGCUGAAUGGCAAACGGUUUUCAAUCCAAACGAACUUGAGUCCAAACCUUCUGGCAGCUCACUUUGAGAAACUGUUGAAUCCAGUACAUGAGACACCUUCGGUGGAAUACGCUAUACCAGCCUAUGAAUGUGGUGUUCUUGAUGCUACAAUUAGUUACCAAGAAGUAAUAUCAGCUGUAACGAAGCUUAAAGAUGGAAAAGCUGCAGGUUCGAAUGGCAUAUCAGCUGAAUUUUAUAAGUAUGGGACACCAGAACUACUCACAAGGCUAACUUUCAUAUUUAACAAUAUCAUGGAAACCGGGACUAUACCAAAUGAAUUCAAAGAAUCGAUUAUUUUUCCGAUUCACAAGAAAGGAAACAUGGCUGAACCAGCUAAUUACAGAGGUAUAUCGUUUCUAAAUGCUUCAUACAAGAUAUUUACACUAAUACUACAGAAACGAUUCAACGAAUGGAUUGAUAGCGACAAACUACUGCAGGAGUACCAGGCAGGAUUUAGAAGUGGAUAUUCAACGAUCGAUCAUAUUUUUACCCUUAGAUGUAUGGCUGAAACAUUCCUUCGCAAGAAAAAGAAGCUAUAUGCCUUCUUCGUCGAUUUUAGAGCUGCUUUCGAUAUGAUCGAUAGAAAGGCUCUAUUUUAUAAGCUAUAUAGUAAAGGUAUGUCAUGCAAGUUUGGAAGAGUCAUACAGAAUCUCUACGACGACACAACAAGUAAAGUAUGGAAUGGUGAAGCGCUUUCGGAAGAAUUCAAAACACAAUCGGGAGUCAGGCAAGGUUGUACAUUGAGCCCAAGCAUGUUCGCAUUGUUCAUUGAUGAUCUGGUUGACAUUCUGCCAUGUGGAGUAGAGUACGUGGGGAUGAUAAUAAAACUAUUGAUGUUUGCAGACGAUAUUGUUCUGUUGGCAGCCUCUUCUGAAUCAUUGCAGUUGAUGAUUAACCGAUUAUUCGAAUACUGUCGGGUUUGGAAUCUGAUAGUUAACCUUGACAAAUCCAAGAUUUUAAUAUUCAAGAGUGGAAGAGGCCGCAAAUGUGCAAACGAAAAAUGGCAUUAUAAUGGAGAAAAUAUAGAGGUUGUAACGGAAUUCAAAUAUCUAGGAGUUAUUUUCACGCAAAACCUGAGUAUGGAAAAACAUCUGAAGGAAAAAUUAAUGAAGGCAAAAUGUGCAAUCAGUGCUACAUGGAAUAGAUGCUUUCAUAACAAAAGUAUAGCACACAGCAGUAAAUUCAAAUUAUUUGAAGCGAUAUCAGCAUCAAUCCUUUUCUACGCAGCUCAGACAUGGGGUACAAGGCAGUACGAUACGGUGGAAAAUCUUCUACGAUACUACUGCAAAAGAAUCUUCCAGCUUCCGCGUAGCACACCUAACUACGUUAUCAUGUUAGAAACAGGAAUCUCGCCAUUGUUCAUUCGAACAUUAAAAAUGCAAGUGGAUUAUGUCACGAAAGUCUUGAAGAUGGAUGAUAAUCGACUACCUAAAAUAGUAGCUCUUGAAGUCAUAAGGACAAAGACAAGUUGGUGCGCUGAUUGGUUGGAACUUGCUUCAGAAUGUGGGAUAGUCUUAAACCUGUGCAGUGAAGAAUUAGAAACUUCGCUUUAUCAACUCAUUGCUGCAGUGGACUUAAAACAUCGUGAUAAAUAUAUAAAUGAGGCAACAGGAUCUAUCUACAGACAACUAUAUAGCCAAUUGAAUCAUAACCUGGAGGAGAAAAAUUAUUUUAGGGAUGACAAUAGUACAGCCGAGAUUUCAAUGAUGGUAAAACUGCGGAGCGAACUUAUGCCACUGAACUACAUACCUCAUAGAGAUGAUUUACCCAUUGUGUGCUCUUUGUGCAACUUAGGUGAAAGAGAAGAUAAUUUUCACUUUAUGGGGUGUGCUAUUUGGCGACACUUGAACCGAAGACAGCUGUUGGAUUUUUCACAACACGCCACCCUGUGGCGAGGAUAUUGCGCGCGGGAGUCACCAAUAAAGUUCGCGCACUCCGGAGGCGAUUCCCGAGAAUUCACUGAAAACGCAUGUGAAAAAAUGAAAUAUGACAAAGACAAAAGCUGCAAAACCGAAUUAUUGACUUUGCGUGGUCAUUGGACAGGCGUUACACCAAAACACGGACCAUGCAAUGGAUACCUGCGCUCGGCUCUGGCCAUAUUUCUAGAGUAG